AAGACAUUAAAAAUAUUAAGUUCUCUAAAAUGCUAAAAUUAUACUCCAAGCUAAUUUAAUAGGAACAUCACAUUUCAAUUACUAUUUAAUUUCUGUGCUGGAGACCUGCUGACAAACAAACCAGUUGUCACUCGAUUAAAUUAAGUAAAAUUACAAUUCACCAUUGUUUUACACCUCAAACUCCAAAGCACCAUUCUUUUCUCGAACAGGUAGUGUAUUGGGUGUCCGAGUAUCCAAAAAAACAAAACGCAAAUACUCCGAUAAUGUAGUACCGAUCAAUGGUAAAUUGUGAUGCUCUAUUAUUAACGAAAACAGAGGUGGUUCUUUUAUUUUAUUUUUAUUUUAUUUUAUUUUAUUUUUUUUACACCGCUUAUACUAAAUAGGAUAUUAAAAAAAAAUCGGGCAUUCUCAACGCAACAGUACUACCGUUCAUGGCUUUCUCUCUCCUCUCUCUACUCCUCUUCUCUCUUCUCCUCUUCCACCAACCUUUCUUUGCCACCGCAAACAUCCACAAAACAACCCUCCUCAGAUCAAAGCUCAUCUCCGAGCCCACACCCUCAAAUGAUGUCCCAUUGACCAAAUACUUUGAGGUCACUAAGCCCAUCCAACUUCCCAAAACCAAACCGUGCUCAUACAACAUCCUCCAACAUGACUUUGCCAAUACAUAUCAGCAACCGCCUGUUCUUGCCAAUUACGCACCCCUUUCGAAUUGCCCGUCUCAAAAUUUUGCCAAAAUUGUUCUUGAAUGGAACGCCACUGUCAAAGGAAGGCAAUUUGAUCGCAUUUUUGGCGUUUGGCUUGGCGGCGUUGAGCUUCUCCGGAGCUGCACGGCGGAGCCACGACACACCGGGACUGUUUGGACUGUCAAGAAGGACAUUACCAAGUAUCAUUCACUACUCAUGACCAAUCAAACACUUGCUGUCUAUAUGGGUAACAUUGUUGAUACUACUUACACUGGUGUGUACCAUGUGAACAUAACAAUUCACUUUUAUCCUCCUGAAAUGCAUCACAAUUCUCAUAAGCCAAAUUCGAAUGAUUUGGGUGAUGGGUAUGGUUCUGGGGCUGAUUUGUUCUUACCCAUUUCGAGAAAUAUACCAUUGAAUGAUGGAUUGUGGUUUGAAAUUGAGAAUUCCACUGAUGGAAAAUCCAAGGAGUUUAAAAUUCCCCAAAAUGCAUAUAGGGCUGUGUUGGAGGUUUAUGUUUCAUUUCAUUCUGAAGAUGAAUCUUGGUAUGCAGAUUUCCCGAAUGAAUACAUUGCCGCGAACAAUCUUUCUCAUACUGCCGGGAUUGGACCUUUAUAUUCUUACGGGAAUGGACCUUUUAGGGAGGUUGUGGUCAGUUUGGAUGAUAUGGUUGUUGGUGCAGUUUGGCCUUUUAUAGUAAUAUAUACUGGAGGAGUCAAUCCCCUCCUGUGGAGGCCAGUUAGCGCAAUUGGUUCAUUUGAUCUCCCUACUUAUGAUAUUGAAAUCACUCCAUUUUUAGGGAAGAUAUUAGAUGGAAAGACCCAUGGGUUCACAUUUAGUGUCACGAAUGCCUUGAAAGUGUGGUACAUUGAUGCAAAUUUGCAUAUUUGGUUGGACAAGAAGAGUGAAAAAACUGAAGGAAAGCUUUUGAGACACAAUGCCGCGCCUGCUCAUGUUUCUUUGGUAACCAGUUUUACAGGUCUGAAUGGAACAUUUUCGACGAGUGUGAGAAGAUCCAUCUCAUCCAGUGGAUGGGUGAAGUCCUCUUAUGGGAAUAUCACAGCCAAUGCGAGUCAAAACUUCAAUUACAGUAACUUCAUUGUAAUGGGGAAUAACAUGAAUUUGCAGAUCUUGAAUCAGAUAAUUGAUGUCAAUGACAGCAUUUCUGCAGAGAUGACGGAUUCAUCUAUUCACUCGAUAGAAUCAUUCAAAAGGUUUCCUCUUUACCUGUACUCUGACUACGCGGAUCAAGAAGAUGGAACUUAUGCUUUAAUUACAAACAUAACAAUGAGUUACAAUGAGGAGAGGGUUAAGGCUGGUGGUUUUGGAUUCUCUGUCAGUUCUCUUAAUAAUUUGCAGAAUGGGCAGGGCAAUAUGGUUAUCAAUGGCAGCUUGGUAGUAACUGGACAGGGGAGCUUACAACAAGCAUACCAAUACGAUGACAGUAAAUUCUGCUAUUUUAGGAAUGUGAACACCUCGAACUACACCAUUCUUUAUGAUAAAGAGGGCAACACUUGCAGCAAAAGAGUACACUCUCCUUCCAGAUUUGGGCACUCGGAGGGUAUUUCUAGCACAUAAUUACCAUAACAACAUGAAAUGGCUUUAAACCAUUCAAUUCGGUUGAUUCUUCACUUGCUUCAUAAAAUGCAGUUCUCCUAAUAGAUGUUUCGUAAAAUUUCUGUAUUUUGGAACGCCUAGUGAAGUUUCGGGAAUUAGUUUCAUGAUGUUACUGAAUUUUUCUAAGUAUUCGUGUUUCUGUGAAGCUUGGGUUGUGUCUUUCAAUUGGAGAUGGUCAACAAUGUUUUCAUCUCCACGCACAUUUCUCAGUACAUUGAAAUUUCAGUACAAACAUUCUGGCUGAAACAACUCUUGGAAAAUUAGUUUCAAAACAGUGAAAAUAGCUGCUGUCACUGUUAUUUACAUUGAGAUAUAUGCCAUUAGAAUUUCGAAGUUUAUGGUACCAAAAGUAGUUUUUUGGAUCUGCUGAAGCCACCGUGUUUUGGUUAACCAAAAGCUGUAAUUAUCUGAAGCUAUGGUUUUUAAUGAAAUGGCCAAAGUGAGAGUGCUGCUGUCAAACCUGGUUGAGUGUGUCUUGGCAAUAGAACCAGGCUUGAUGUCCCAUGUCAAAUGAGUUCCUACUACCUAUCUUGUAUUGGAAUGAGUACAACUUUUCACACACGCACACAUUUCUGGGUUUCUGUUUGCUCUGCUUUUAAAUGGUGUGCUUCUUAUAAAAGUAAUCUAGGAAAUUUCAAUUUGAGUUAGUUUCAAUUUCUCAUGUAUGGAGCAGAAAUCUGUAAAUGUGUUAAUUCCUGCAAUUAAACUUGUUACAUAAA